GUGUGACGUCACCCGGAAGCAGGAAGUGCGCCGCUUGUUGUGAGUUGUCUCGCUGGCUCCGCUUCUUCUUCUUCUUCUCCUUCCUGGUGGCUCUAAUGGCGGGCUCCGCGGGUCCGGCUCGGUCCGGUCCGGGACUCUGGUCCUCGGCGCUGCUGCUGCUGGUGCUGGCGGCUCUGUGGGCUCCGGUGGUGCCGGUGUCGGAACCGGGGAAGUGGACCUUGAAGCUGGACAGCGAGGUUCUGAAGAAGCAGAGCUACUUCAUCUUCACUAAGACUCUGUUCAAUGGCAGCGUCAUCCAUCUGAAACUUUCGGAGCAGAUCUGCAACACGUCGUUGUCUCCGGUGAGCCUGAGCUUCUCGUGGUAUCUGAGGAACUCGCACUGCUACGACGAAGUGUUCAACCUGGACUCUCUGCAGGUGGACAGCUACUUCAACUCGUCGGACGUGAAGCCGGGCCGAGGCAGCGGUUUCUUCGUCUACCACCGGUACCCGCCCGCCUCCUGCCAGCAGGUCAUGGACCCCCACCUGUUCAACCUGGACACGUUCGACGGGAAGACCCGGCUCACCGAACCUCCUGCUCCUCCUCCUUCUCCUCAGCAGCAGCAGCAGCAGCAGCAGCAGAAGCAGCAGCAGCAGCAGCAGAAGCAGAAGCAGAAGACCGUCACGGAGAAAGCUUCAGGGAGGAAGAGGAGGGAGGCGGACAACAAGCCGCGUCCUGCAGCAGUGACGAAAGCUGCUUCAGGUGACACGAAAGAAGAAGCUCAGAAGCCUCCUGCUCAUACUCACUUCGACGCCGUGGCCCAGAGCUGGGAGGACGGACCCUACAUGUUCAUCCUCCACAUCAAGGAGAACCGAGACAAGAAAGCAGGGCCCGACACCAACCCGUGGAGUCUGCAGCUCGUCGUCAGCAUGAACGAGAAAACUCACGAGUACAUCUCGGCGUCUGAGUGGCCUCUGAUGGUGUUCUACAUGGCCAUGUGCAUCGUGUACGUCCUGCUGGCCGUGCUGUGGCUGGUUCUGUCGGCCUGCUACUGGAGGGACCUGCUCCGGAUCCAGUUCUGGAUCGGCGGCGUCAUCUUCCUCGGCAUGCUGGAGAAGGCCGUCUACUACGCCGAGUUCCAGAGCAUCCGAUACAACGGCUUGUCGGUCCAGGGGGCGGUGGUGUUCGCCGAGGUGCUGUCAGCCGUGAAGAGGACUCUGGCCAGGGUGCUGGUGAUCAUCGCCAGUCUGGGAUACGGCAUCGUCAAGCCCAGACUCGGGGCGCUGCUGCACCGAGUGGUCGGCGUGGGACUCCUCUACCUGAUGUUCUCCGUCGUGGAGGGAAUCCUACGAGUCAACGCCGACCGAGGCGACAACACCAGCAGUAGGGUUUUGUGUGACAUAGUGUUGGCCUUCAUUGACUCCUGUGUGGUCUGGUGGAUCUUCGUGAGCCUGGCCCAGACCAUGAAGCUGCUGAGGCUGAGGAGGAACGUGGUGAAGCUCUCGCUCUACAGACACUUCACCAACACCCUCAUCUUCGCCGUCAUCGCUUCGGUCAUCUUCAUCAUCUGGACCACCAGGACCUUCAAGAUGUCCAAGUGUCUGUCUGACUGGAGGGAGCUGUGGAUCGACGACGCCUUCUGGCGCUUCCUGUUCUCCACCAUCCUGCUGGUCAUCAUGUUCCUGUGGCGGCCGUCGGCCAACAACCAGAGAUACGCCUUCAGUCCUCUGGUGGACGAGGAGAGCGAGGAGGAGGAGAAGGAGCCGAUGAUGAACGAAGCCUUCGAGGGGAUGAAGAUGAGGGGGAUGAAGAACGAGACCAACGGCUCCGUCAAAGCCAACAAAGUGGAUGAAGAUCUGAAGUGGGUCGAGGAGAACAUCCCGUCGUCGAUGGCAGACGUCGCCCUGCCACCUCUACUGGACUCUGACGAGGUGAGACGUCUGGUUUUAUGGUAUCAUAUCUGACAGAAAAUACGCUUUACAGAGUUCAGAGCAUCAGGGUUGAAGUUUACAGCAGCCGAGGAAAUGAAUCUGCGUCUUUACUGACUGUGGACUCCAGCUGGUUGAACUUUUAAUCAGUUUUUAAGGAAAAAACAUCUAAAUUCUCUGUUUACGGCUUCUCAAAUGUGAAUAUUUUCUGGUUUCUUUGCUCCUCUGUGGCGGUAAACUGAUUAUCGGUAAACAAGACAUUUGUCAACAACUUCCGGCCAAAAAACUUAUCAGUUAAUCCUGAAAAUAAUCAGAAUUGAAAGUAAAAGCUAAUUGCAGCCGGACUGAUUUGAAUCCAGAGAGUUGGAUUGUUCUGAUAAAGAUAAAUUAUGUUCAGUUUAUCGGCUGUUUUCAUCUUAAAUCUCUUAAAUAAGCCUCUUAAUGUGUUUAACUUCAAACCAGCAGCACGAGUACGAACAAGCAGAACAAACAGCUUUAUUAUGCAUUUAGGACUUUUUAUUGACAGAUAUUAAACCUCCUAAACUCCCAGAAACCAUCUUCAGCUUCUGCUUUAUCGAUACAAGACCAAGUAUAAAUUAAAUCUGAAACAUGUCGACGCCAGAGAGCAAAAAAAAAAAUCAGUUUUAAGGUUUUUUUGUGAGAAAAUGUCCUGACAUGAACGUUUACUUCACCAUCUACAUUUUCUCCUGUUGUGACUUAAUAUUAAUAGAAUGAUUCAUGCAAAGUAUAAAAAUGAUAAAUAACUAAACAUGUGAUUGAAACAUGAGAAAAUUCACACACGUGUAAAUAUUUUUUUUUUUUUUCCAGUAGUUGUUUGUGUCGCCUGCCGUUCCGCCUCUGACCAGCAGGGGGCGGCAGCCAAUUAGCAGAGCCCCUUUGUUGCCACGGUUACAUCACACUGUUGUUUAUCCUCCCGUGUGUUGUCAUGGCGGCGACACGCUUUUGUCUGUUUGAUGCCAGAGACCCCACGGAGCGCGAGCAGGUCAUUGAUCACUGAUCACCUUCCCGGUUCGUCUUCUGCUCCGCCGGCUGUUUGAUUCCAGAUUAUUUACCCCGUCGAGGCUUUUAGAGGCACCAGCAAUCAGCAAAGUGCCCCCCUUAUGUAAAAUCAAUUCCUUACGUAAGCCGCCGCCGCCGCUGGAUGUUGAACGUAUGCAGAGACUCCGUCAGCGUCUCAGGAGAGGAAACGUUUGAACAGUAAAGCCUGAAAAAAGGCGCUGCUCCGCUAUUGGACGGAGAAAUUAAAAGCAGAUGAUUGGUUCCUUUUAUUCCUGAUUGUGUAAUCUGGUGAUUUAAGGGGUGAACUGAGGGGAAACCUGGACGUUAUGACGGAUGGUGUGGUUUAGACGAGAGCUUCUGCUUCUCCUUCCUCCUUCCUCCUCUUCCUCCACCGCUGAGCUCUCGUCUCUCUUUACGUGUCGUUCUAUAAUCUGAACUAAUCCUAUUAACCUGGAUCUCGAUAGCCUCGCCCUGCCUUCCACUCGCCUUCCUUCCUUUGUUUGUUUGUUUGUUGCAGCCGUUCUGGGUUCAGUUUACUGUAAAAAGAAAAAAAAACAAGAAUUAAAUUGCAUAAAAAUUGAGCUAAACACCUGCAGCUGACAUGAACCGUGUCGUCUGAGGUCAGGAUCAGCUGAUGUAGUAAAAUGUAAUGGAUCAUGUGUCUGUUUCUAUGGAGGUCAUUCACCCUGUCAGCAGUUUGAUGGUGUUUUAUUUCCUCCUGACACAUUUUUCCACUUUUAAAAUACCAUAAAUCAUUAAAAAUGUGCGUUUUGUGGACGUGGAAAAACCAAAAUAUGUAAAUUAAAUGAUCACGACUAAACUCUUCAGCAGUAAACUGAUCAGAUCAGAACUAGAAGGAGCAGACGGAGGAUUGAAGCUCCAGUUUAAAGACGUUUUAAACAUCAGCUGCCUCAUGUCUAAUAUAACAUACACGAACACGUCCAACAUCUUCCACAGUUCUUCACUAAAACUCUGGUGUCAUUUAAUAACCACAAAUGAUUAAUUUGUAGGUACGAUACGGCGUCUCUGGUCACGUUUCUCCAUCAGUCUGUCAGAAGUCGGUAUCGAAACCAAGCAGGACUUAAAAACUGGACCAACUGGCUUCGUCCUGAUCUCCGCUGUCACUCGUCUGUUUGAGGUUUUUGUCUUCAACAAAAGGAAUCGAGUUAACGACGUCGGUGUUCAGUGGGACGGAAAAUCUGAAGCUACUGAUGCAGGAAGUAACGAUGGAGGGAAGGAAGACGAAACAGAAGAGAACAGAGGAUCUCUGUAGCGCUGAAGCAUCUCUCAGGUCGUCCAGAGUUUACUGAGAACAUGGAGUUUAAGUCAGAAAGAGAAUGUCGUAUCUUGGGAUGUCUGCGAAUCUUGUUGUGAAGGAUGUUUAUACAUCUGUUUUUCUGGAAAGACGUUUGAGGUUUUUCCACUUCACGUGAAUUCAGUUUUAGUUUAGCAGCACCUAGUGGCCGUUAGAGGUUCUGCUCCGGGUUCGUUGCUUUCCAGCAGGGAUUAUAAAAAACAGACCCUUCGUUCUUUCAAAAGAGCACGCUAGAUGGACAAACCUCAACACGAAGGGCUAGCCAACACAGCU